AAAGACUAUUAUUUAAACAAACAAAAUCAAACUUAAAUAAAUAUAGCGUUCCUUAUGCGACCCUAAAAACAACCAUAAAUGUAAAUUGAUACUCACCGAAUCUCUGUCAUAUCUUCGUAUUGUAGUAACAAUAUAACUCAUUGGAAACUCUUUUGCCACAAAAAACAUCAUUUCUGAAAGUAUAAUAAAUACGCAUUUUGAAUUGAAUUAUGGUUUCAUGCUGUUUUACUUGACUUGCUAGGAUAUUUUUAACGUCCACCCUCCUUUGGCACUAAUUUUAACAAAGUUGAUCGAAGGAGAGUUGCCUUUAUGCCAAAAAGCAACGCAAAACAAAUAAUAAUAUCUAUCAGUAAAUUAAAACGCGAUUUGUUAGAGCUUCCAUAAAAAAGAACCAAAGUCUGCAAAGCAACUGUUUCGUAUGAAACCGAUAAAAACUAAACUUUUGGAUUUGAAGAAAAGAACUUUAUUUUUUAAAGACUUAACUAAAAUGGAUAUGAUGUAUUUUUGCCGUUUAUGUGUAAUUGUCCUUGUUUUGGAGAUUUGCAAUAAUGACGCUCGGGGGAUACCAAGUUCCAGUAAGAACAUAUUUAAAGAGCUCCGUGGCCUUUGUCCAAGCUACAUUGAUAAUGAAGUUCAUUCUACUCACUCGCAAGUUCCGUGUUUCUCAUCUAUAUCAAAUUGUAAAAACGAUCUGGAUUGUUUGAUUGGUUUAAAAUGUUGUUCAGACGGAUGUGUUAAAAAAUGCACUCCUGUAAUAACGGAAAAUGAAAUAUCAAAUGCUUACAAGCCAUCUGUGUACACGUACAACAAUUCGCAAGACUGCGAAUAUAAAAAUACUACAAUUAAGCACAAUGCAACAUUCAUCAAUAGUGAAUGUAGAACUUGUCGCUGUCUUAAUACAACUAUCAACUGCAUAUCUAAAACUAAUGGCUGUCCUGACAAAAAUUUAUCUUCACUUAAACCAUUAAUUGUAAAAAUGUUUAUAAAAGGAAAACGAUGAUUUAUGUUUAUAUUAAUGAGCAAAAUCUCUGAAAUCUUAAACAAAGGUUCAACAGAGUUUUCCCUUGUUUCUGUUUGGUGCAUUGAUAUCAUUGCAGUCACAAUGUAAGAAGAGGUGCGGAAAAGCUCUCCAAUCAUCGCCCACAGAUUUUUAAUGAGCUCAUGUCAUUAAGACGAGUUUUUUUUAGACUAUUGAGAAUUUGGAUUCAAAUUUUUCCUUCAAUCUCUGUAAAUAUCCAAAGAUGCUAUGAUGUGUAGAAGAGAAAAACAGAUGUUUUAUUAAAACCCACAAAUGUAAAUAAAGCUUAAACUGUACAAUAAAUAAAAGUAUUUAUUAA